GAUGGCCGUGAGUUCUACCGCACUACCCAGGGGCGCUGGGCCUCCGCCUCUGACCGCGCCGACAUCCACUCUGCCACGUUCCUGCGCGGCGGCUGGCUGGUCACGGGCACAUCAGGCGGCCGGCUGCUGCAGUGGGACGCAUCAGAGACUCGCGGAGGCCUGGGGCGCUGCGUCCGG